GUGUUUAAUGACCGUUAAGUGUAAACGGUCAAACCGGUUAGGUCUUUUUUAUUUUUAUUUUUUGCGACCUUGUCUUGUGGGCCCAUCAUCAUCUUCAUCAUCAUACCCAUCACCAUGAUCCGCCUCUGCCCCCAUCUCCACUUCCACAACCCCGAUGACGACGUCGUCGCCCAUCACCACUCUUGCCCUGAUCAAACCCUCACCCUGGAUCCCAUUCCCUACUGGUACCAUGAAUUCCAUUUCUUCUCCUCCGAUCCCGAUGAAUUCUCAUUUUCGAAUGCGCUCGUCGUCGACAACGGCCUUGAUCUCCUUGAUAACCGGGGGAACCAAGUCAAUUUCGUCAUCGAUCUCCUCCACCAGCCGUCGAGCAAUCCCAGGUUUCGGUGUUAUUGAUGGAACCCAUGAAUUGGAUAUGGAUGAUUUGGAGUUAGAUUUAGGGUUAGGGUUUGGUUCUGUAGAGACACACUAUGGUAAUUUUGGUUUUGUUGUUGAAACUAUUGGUGGCAGUGAUGUUGAGGUAGAUGUUGGUGGUGAUGAUGAUGAUUUCCCUGUGGAGAGGAGGGUUUCAGGUUUGGCUUCCAACGAGGUUGCCUCCACUGUUGGUGGGGUUGAAGUCAAACUUGAACCCACAGGGAAAGUGUUAGGCUGGUUGGUUUUGAGUCAGAUUCAGAGGACAAUGACAAUGGGGCCUUCGUUGUAGAUUUGAAUUCAGGUGGUAGUAUGGUUUCCAUACAAUCUUUCAGAUUUCAAGACAAAAAUUUUUAAUUUUUAGCUUAGAAGUUAAUUGGGGAAAAAAGCUAAGCCAAAUGGUGUCAUCAUAUCUUUGUUUGUCUUUAUUUGUUUUUGAGCGUGUUUCUUUUUUAUUUUUUUUUACUCUUUUGGUGAAAUGAUUUUUAGCAUGUUUCGGUGAUAAGAUAAUUAUUCCUAAAUUAUGUAGGUUAUGGAGUACCAAAUAUUGAAUUUCUAUUUUAUGAUUUUAUUAAUUUUUGGAUAUAAAUUUGGAAAGAUAAU